GUUGUUGUCCCGGACAACAGUCAGUCAGUCAAUCAAUCAGUCAGUCAACCCGCGGUUCAUCGCGCGCCGCCUCUGUUAGUCUACCGGCCUUAGUCUUCCCUUCUUCAAGUCUUCAAAUCAGAUCCAGUCCCCGUCAGGUCCAGUGCGGGUCCUCCGAAAGUCUAGCUUAAUUGUGCUGGACCCAUCCAACGGAUUUUUGAUUUUCCUCUUCUUUUUUUCCUUCUCUACCGUCGCAUUCUCAACUCGCGCAACGGCUUUCCGAUCAGAUCGCAGUUCAAUCCAGUAACACUCGAGAAAAUGGUUUCCUUCUCCUGCGAGGCGUGUGGUGAUAUUCUCACCAAGAAGAAGCUCGACCCUCAUCGCAACCAAUGUCGCGGCGCUUCCUAUACUUGUAUCGACUGCAUGGUCCACUUCCAGGGCACUAGCUACAGAUCGCACACGUCCUGCAUGUCCGAGGCGCAGAAAUAUCAAGGUGCCCUGUACAGAGAGAAGCCGGCCAAGAACAACCAACGGAAAGGGCAGAACAACGGAAGACAGAACCAGAACCAAAACCAACACCAGAACAAGAACGCGAACCAGACCCCUCAAGGCCAUCGUGCGCCCUACGUGGAGGAUGGGACCGACACUGAUAACCUCCCGCCACCGGCUCCCAGCCCUCCGCCAGCCGGUGUGGAGAAGACUCCGCGCGCUGAAGGGAAGACCGACAAGCCGGUCAACGUCUUCGACUAUCUUGUCCCGGAAGGCACUCCUAAUGCCUCCAAGGUCUCUCUGAACGAGAACAAAGAGCAGAUGAAGAUGGUCGCCAACGCGCCUUCGGUCUUCGAGGCGACUAAGUCGCUGGCUCGCGUCGACACAGAUGGAGAUGACGACAACAAGGCAUACGACGUCGCGUACGAGGAGAACGGCUUCUCGUACGGCUCUGGUCCUAUCAACCAGUCGCCUUACGACAACAAGGCUCCCAAUCUCUCAAUGGAGUUCAUGACCCCUGCACCCAAGAAGAAGAAGGAUCGCUCUUCCAAGGCUGAGGGUGCUACGAGCGAGAAGAAGCGCAAGCGCCGCACCGAAGAUCACGACCCUGAGGCGGACACCCCGAUGUUGGAUGCCCCGUCGAGCGUUGUCAACCACCCAGGCACCCCGAUGCUGAACCACUCCGGACUGACCGGAGGCUUGAACCGGAUGCUCCGAUCCCCGUCGCUGGACGAUGAGGAGGGGCGUGACUCUCGCCGGCGUUACCAAGAAACCUCGUCCCCCAUCAAGCGUUCUCGACGUGACGCGAAGGAGAACAAUGCCGACGCCGGCUUGGGAAUUUCGAUGAAGAAUCGUGCUGAACGGUUCGUCUCCUCAAUGCUUGGGGGUUCCUCCGUUUCUGGGAGCAGUGCCAAUGGCCAGCUGGAGACCCGCCGCUCGAAGAAGACCCACAAGAUCCGCGAAAACGGCGAUAUCAAGACCGCUGCGCCGUCCGACGCCCAGAAGUCCAAGCGCAAGAGCAGCGCUCAGACCGAGGGAGACCGGCCCUCGCGACGCCAGAAGCAGAUUGAAAACCCCGAUUCCCACCACGACGAGGACGGCCGCCAGGUGGCGAUUUACCCCAAGAGUUCGGUGCCGGAUGGCUUGCAACGGCAGAUGGCGACCCACUUCUUGUCUUUGGUGACCAAGGGCCCCGAGAGCCAGCGCGGGUUCUCGGUGAACAAGGUCCUGAAACGAUUCCACAAGGACUUCACCGAUGAGUUCGAUGGCGAUCGGGGACGCGACCAGGGUCGCAGUCGCGCGGAUCGCGAGCGGAGAAUCGAUGACGAAAAGGAACUGUGGCGGACCUUGCGUCUCAAGAUGAAUGAGCGGGGAGAGAUUGUGGUGUUUCUCUGAGCGGUCCGCGGUCUCUCCGUUCUUCGUGACCCAAUUUCAUAUACCUAUGAUUUCCAUUUUCCUAGUGCAUGGCGAUUCAUGGCAUGGAGGUUUACUGAGUUAUUGAUAUCUCGUUGCAUACAUUGGCUAAUUUCAUACAUGCUUGGCAUUGUCUAUCUGUUUCUUGGGCCUUGUAGCUUCCCUAGUCCUGUGCGUACGUCGGUGUCAUUGUGUUGGCUUCGAUGCGCUUUGAUACACCG